AUGUGGCUAUGGACAUGGUUUUUAAAUACAUGUCUAUCAAUCUAUCGAUAUUUAUUAAUUAAAUACAAAGGUCAUAAAUUCGAUCAUGAAGCUAAAAUUUCAAUAGAACAAAAAACAAAUCGUCAAACAUUAUUUAAUAUUUUAAAACAAAAUCAAAAUACAAAAUUUUUAAUUGAUCAACGUAAAAAAUCUCAAAUAGAUCAAAAUGAAAACAUUGAUAGUGUUGAAAAAUUCAAAAAAUUAUUUCCAAAAUUUACAGAAUAUUCUGAUUAUAAAUCAUAUGUUGAUGAAAUUAAGAAUGAUGGUCAUACAAAAGAUAUUUUAAGUGUUGGCUUUCCAAUUGCAUUAACAAAUACAAGUGGAACAAGUGGAGAUCCAAAAAAUUAUCCAGUUUAUUCACUUGACAUAAAUGAACCAUAUAAUAUCGCUUAUAUGAUGACAAAAACAAUACCAUCGAAUCUUUUUAAUGGUUGCAAAUGUGUUUCAUUGAAUAGUUUAAGUUAUGAGACAUAUACAACAAAAGAUAAGUUAAAAACUUAUGACGUUAGUGCAAUAACAACAAUAGCAGCACGUGAAAAACAAAAUGUUGAAACUAUAUUAAAAUUUAAUCAAGACAUCGUACCAUCGAUUAUAUUCUAUGAAAUUAAACAACAAAAUGAUAUGUUUUUAUUUAUAUUAAUAUGGACAUUACAAUGUAAAGAUUUAGAAAUUCUAUCGUCAACAUUUGUAAUGGGAUUAAUACAUUUUUUAACAUUUAUGGAAGAGAAAUUUGAUUUUAUAUGUAAACAUAUUGAAUUGGGUACGAUACCAGUAGAUGAGUCAUUAUCUGUACCAUUGUCAGUUGAUGUACGUCUUGCUUUACAAUCAUCUCAAUAUCGUUUACCACCAAAUCCAAAUCGCGCUGAAGAAUUACGUAAAAUUGUUAGUGAAAACGGUUUUCAUUAUGUUACUACACGUUUUUGGCCUAAUUUAAAAUGUGGAAUAUGUAUUAUAAGUCCAAGUAUUAGACAAUUUGAAUUGAAAUUAUUAUCAACAUAUUGGAACCCUAAAAUACCCAUAUAUCCAUAUGUUUAUGGUAUGAGUGAACAUCAUCGUAUUGCAGUACCAGCAAAGCCAAAUGCAUACGAUUUAAUACCACAACCACGUUCUGUCUUUUACGAGUUUAUUGAAGUAGAAGAUGACGAUGAUAAAGACGAAGAUGAUGAACAGACACCAGAAUCAUUUGAAUUACAUCAAGUUGAAGAGGGUAAACGUUAUGAAGUCGUAUUUACAACAUACGAUGGUUUAUAUCGUUUUAGAACAGAAGAUAUUAUUAAAAUAGUAGGACGUUAUUAUUCAUUACCAACAUGGCAUCUUAUCGGAAGACGUGGUCAAUAUUUAUCGAUAUCGAAUGAACAUGUAACUGAACUUGAACUACGUGAAAUAAUAAAUUCAAUAUUACGUGAAUAUGAAAAAGAAUUUACAUCGGUAUCUCCACAAUAUUCAAUUUUUAUCGAUAAAUCAUCUUAUGUUUUAUCAAUUGAAGUUGAUGAGGAAAAACAAGAUAAUAAAGAUCAAUUAAAACAAACUGGAAAAGAACUAUGUACAAAAUUCGAUGAAAAAUUAAAAGAAUCUAAUGAAGAUUAUAAAACAUGUCGUGAGAAAAAGAAAAUUUCAUCACCUAGUGUACUAUGGUUAAAAUAUAAUACAUUAACAACUGGUAUAAGAGAUUUUCGUUUAGAUCCUAAUAAGCCCGGUGGUGGUAGUGCUUGUAAAGGGGCUAAUCAAUUAAAAUCACAAAUGAUUUUGAAGAAGAAAAAAGACAAUGCUGUUAUAAAAUUUGUCAAAGAAAAUAUUGUAUUACAAGUCAAUUAA